AUGGAUUUAGCCAUCACAGCAUGGUGGACAGUAAUAACUCUGUCUACUACGUUAUGCACAGCAGAUUAUGGCAUCAAUUGGGAAGUUCAGAGAUAUGAUGGCUGGUAUAAUAACUUGGCCCAUCAUCGACGGGGGACUGCAGGUGCACCUCUGAUGCGUCUCCUGCCUGCACGCUACUCAGAUGGAGUCUAUCAAGUUGAAGGAUUUCACCUGCCUAAUGCCCGGCUCCUUAGCAAUGCAGUAGCACGGGGCCCAGCUGGUCUCCUGUCCCAUCGAAACCAGACCGCUCUCUCUCUGUUUUUCGGUUAUCAUGCACUGUUUGAGAUUGUGGAAUCUCGAAGACCUAGUUGCCCUCCAGAGAUCAUGCAAAUCUCAGUUCCAAAGAGUGACCCAGUCUUUCAGAAUAAUUCAACUCAGGAAAUCCGUCUUCACUUCCAGCGUGCACAGUGGGAUCAAAGUAGUGGACAGAAUCCAAACAACCCCAGAAUACAGCUGAAUGACGUGACAGCUUGGAUAGAUGGCAGCUCAAUCUAUGGCUCAUCCAGCUCUUGGUGUGAUGCACUGAGGAGUUUCCAUAGGGGAUUACUAUCUGCAGGGUCAUCUCACAACAUGCCAAAACAGAGUGACAGUGACAAUUUUAUGUGGAGCGCUCCAGACCCCUCCACCGGCCAGACUGGCCCAGGGCUUUAUGAGUUUGGGAAUGCCUGGGCUAAUGAGAACAUCUUCACUGCAGUUGAGGGGAUUAUUUGGUUUCGCUACCAUAAUUUUCUGGCCUCUCGACUACACAAGGAACACCCAUCGUGGACAGAUGAGGAGCUUUUCCAAAAUGCUAGGAAAAGGGUUAUUGCCACAUUUCAGAGUAUUGUAUUGUAUGAAUGGCUGCCUGCAUAUCUAGGAGUCUCAAUGCCUCCAUACCCAGGCUAUCAGAAAUCUGUAGAUCCUGGCGUUUCCCCCGAGUUCCAGAUUACUUUUAUGAGUAUUGGGUUGUCUCUGGUUCCCCCCGGAGUCUAUAUGAGAAACAGGACUUGCCACUACAGGAAAGUUGUAAACAAUGAUGGAAGCAUAUCUCCAGCACUGCGCUUGUGCAAUAAUUUCUGGAGCAGAAAUAACCCAAAUUUGCAGUCUGGCCAGGAUGUAGAGGAUUUGAUAUUGGGCAUGGUGUCGCAGAUAGCUGAGAGAGAGGAUCAUGUAAUUGUUGAAGAUUUACAAGACUACAUGUAUGGUCCGUUGCGGUACUCGCGCUCUGAUGCAGUGGCCCAGGCCAUUCAUAGAGGGCGAGACUUUGGGCUGCCCAGCUAUAACCAGGUCAGAGAAGCACUCAACAUGAAACCAGUCCGGAGCUGGGAAGAGAUCAAUCCAGAAUUAUACAAGAAUAAGCCACAGUUGUUUAGAGAGCUGUCUGAGCUUUAUGGAAAUGAUAUCAACAGAUUGGAGUUGUUUGUAGGAGCUCUACUGGAGUCAAACAAAGGACCAGGCCCAGUGGUCUCCUCAACAAUGCUGGACCAGUUUGAACGCAUCAGAAAUGCAGACCGAUUCUGGUUUGAAAACAAACAAAAUGGAUUAUUUACAGAGAAGGAAAUCCAGGCUAUACGAAACACAACAUAUUAUGAUGUUAUUCUCGCCACCACCAAUGCAAAGAGUGGAGACUUGCAAAAGAAUGUGUUCUUCUGGCUACAUGGAGAUCCAUGCCCUCAACCUCAGCCAAUCUCAGCUGCCAUGCUUCAACCCUGCACUAAGGCUACUUCCAUAAGUUACUUCGAUACUAGUAGCAAAGCUGGCUAUGGCAUUUCAGUGAUUAUUCUAUUUCUCUUUCCUGUGGUGAGUUUCCUUGUGGCAUACUUAGUAGCCCAUAUCCGAGCAACCAAAUACAAAAGGUUUCUAAAAAACACCAGAGGCCCUACCAAAGACAAAAAACCCACUCAUGGAAUUGCAGCUUGUGAGUGGCAGGGAUAUACUGAGUCUCCUCAGCAGGUCAGUCUGAUGAUCGAUGAAAAGAAACGGCUUCAGAUAUAUGGUGAAAAUGGGUCUCCUCUGCGCUGUCAUAACCUAGGCACUCAGGACCACUUGGAAGUGCUGCUGUCCAGUGAUCAUCAGCAUCGUGCCGUACUUCUAAAAAUUCAGAAGGAAUAUGACUUGGUGUUGUUUUUCGAGGACACUGUACAAAGGUCACAGUUUGUAGAUCAGUUGCAGUCUGACCUAAAAGGAAUGACUCGGUGUCUGACAAUUAAAGAGAUGAGUGAGAAGGAACUACUGAAGGAAGCUGUGACUAAAGAGCAGCGAGCCCAAAUAGUGGAGACCUUCUUUAGACAUGCAUUUGCAAAGAUUCUAGAUAUUGAUAAAUGUGAUGCAGGAGACCUGAGUUCUGUGUCCUCUAAGAAAACCAGAGAAGCUCUGCUGUGUGAGCUCACCAGAGCUGAGUUUGCCCAAGCACUGGGACUAAGGCUUGACUCAAUGUUUGUAGAGUCAAUGUUUUCUUUGGCAGACAAGGAUGGCAAUGGAUACCUUUCCUUCCAAGAGUUUCUUGAUGUUGUGAUCAUCUUCAUGAAAGGAACCCCAAAGGAGAAGUCCAGGCUUUUGUUCUCAAUGCAUGACAUUAGAAGAGAGGGCUUCCUGUCUAAGGAGGAAUUUACAUCUUUGCUCAGGUCUUUUUUGGAAAUCUCCAGCAAUGUUCUAUCUAAGAACCAGGCAGAGGAUGCUAUAGCAGCUAUGCUUAAUGCUGCAGGCUUUGAUAAUAAAGAUCAAAUUACCUGGGAGGACUUUCACCUCUUAAUGCAUGACUAUGAGAAUGUCCUGCAGUUUGCACAACUCAAUUUUAAAGGGAUGAAGAUGCAUAACGUGAAAGACACGAACAGACUGAACCAACAGCAUCGGGUGUCCUUUAUCAUCACUAAGAAUAUCAGUUCCCCCUUUGAAAAAGAUUAUGGUUACGUUUACAGCUGCCCUGCAGAUGAUGGUCAAGAACUUCAUCAGCGAAAAAAAUUGAGCCCAUCCAAUCCCAAGCUCUAUGUGAAGGCUCAGAGAGAGCGCUACAUCAGGAGUCGUGUCCAACAGAAAAUCCAGCAGUUUAAACGCUUUGUGGAAAACUAUCGUCGUCAUAUUGUAUGUGUUGUUAUCUUCUAUGGGAUCACUGCUGGACUGGCCAUGGAGAGAUGCUAUUUCUAUGGUUUACAGGCUCACUCCUCUGGAAUCUCGGAAACCUCCAUAGUGGGCAUCAUGGUAUCCCGAGGCUCUGCUGCUGCCAUAUCUUUUCUGUUUCCCUACAUGCUCCUGACAGUGUGCCGCAACCUGAUAACCAUGUGCAGAGAGACCUUUCUCAACAAAUACAUUCCCUUUGACUCUGCUAUAGAUUUGCAUCGACUUAUGGCAAUGACAGCAAUCGUCCUUACAGUCAUUCACAGUUUGGGUCAUGUGGUCAAUAUUUACAUGUUCUGUAUCAGUGACCUCAGCAUCCUCUCAUGCUUGUUUCCCAGAGUGUUUUCUGAUAACGGGUCAGAGCUGCCGCCAAGAUGGACCUACUGGUUCUUUGGUACAGUGCCAGGCCUCACAGGGAUCAUUCUACUCUUUAUCUUAGCAUUUAUGUACGUCUUUGCCUCACACUACUUCAGGCGUAUCAGUUUCAGAGGGUUUUGGAUCACUCAUUAUUUCUACUUGCUUAUCUAUACCCUGACUGUGAUCCACGGCAGCUUUGCCCUCCUCCAGGAGCCACGUUUCCACAUCUACCUGAUCCCACCCGCUCUUCUCUUUCUUCUGGACAAACUUAUCAGCCUUAGCAGGAAGAAGGUGGAGAUCCCUGUGGUGAAAUCGGAGCUGCUACCUUCAGGAGUGACACAUUUGGAGUUUAAGCGGCCUCAUGGCUUUACAUAUCGUUCAGGGCAAUGGGUUCGGGUGGCCUGUCUGGAGCUCGGUACAGAUGAGUACCACCCCUUUACUCUAACUUCAGCUCCCCAUGAGGAGACUCUGAGCCUGCACAUCCGCGCUGUUGGACCAUGGACCAGCAAGCUGCGAGAGAUCUACAAUCCAGAGAAAUUGCAGGAACUGGGGACCUAUCCUAAACUGUAUCUGGAUGGACCAUUUGGGGAGGGACACCAAGAAUGGAAAGAUUUUGAGGUGUCAGUUUUGGUGGGUGGAGGUAUUGGAGUCACUCCAUUUGCUUCCAUACUAAAGGACAUAGUGUUUAAGUCUUCAGUAAAACUAAAAGUCCAAUGCAAAAAGGUCUAUUUUAUAUGGGUGACACGGACUCAGCGUCAAUUUGAGUGGUUGUCCGACAUCAUACGAGAGGUUGAGGAGAUGGAUGCUCAGCAAUUGGUGUCUGUUCACAUCUAUAUAACUCAGCUGGCAGAGAAGUUUGAUCUUCGGACUACCAUGCUGUAUGUUUGCGAGCGCCACUUCCAGAAAGUGUGGAACAGGAGUCUGUUUACUGGUCUGCGCUCUGUCACCCACUUUGGUCGUCCACCAUUUUUGGCCUUCUUCAGCUCACUGCAAGAAGUUCAUCCUGAGGUGGGGAAAAUGGGUGUGUUUAGCUGUGGUCCACCUGGUCUGACAAAGAAUGUGGAGAAAGCCUGUAAACAGAUGAACAAACGUGAUCAAGCUCAUUUUAUUCACCAUUUUGAGAAUUUUUAGCUUCUUUAACACCUAGCUGUCAAAUUUAGAAUAACUAAAUACUAAUCAUUACUGUAACAAUGAAGAAAUCUAUAUUAGCUCUAACUGUUUACUUUUUACAGAUGCAUAUACA